ACUCUAUUCUUUGCGGAGUUGUAUCCUUCUGAAACUAGGAAGUUAUUGGAACGUCUUAUCAAUUAUGUUAUUUACAAGCAAAUUUGGGUGUGGUUGGGCUUGAUGAGGGAGUUAUGAUGGUUUGGCAGCUGUUUGGUGGAGAUCCAUGGUGAAGACAGUGGUUGGUGGUGGGUCUAGUUAUGGCUGGCUAUAGUGAAAGCACAGAGGCCUUUGUAAAUAAUUAAUGUGGUUGUGAUAUGAACCUUAUCCACUUCAAUUCCAAAAUAAAAGAAAAAACCACUUGAUUGAUGCAAAAAUAAAGGAAAAUUCCACUUGAUUGAUGCAAUCAAUUUUUAACUAUACUUCAUAGUUGUUGUUUUGAUCACCAGCAAAAGAAAAACGCACUUGAUUGAUACGAUCAAUUUCAACUAUAGUUCAUAGUUAGUGUCUUCAUCACCAGCAGUCAAGGUCAUUGCCUUUGGCCAUAGCAAAAAUGCAGAUUUUUGGGAGGGAAAGAAAGGAACAGAAAUUAUGGUGAUUUGUUUGGUGGUCCAUUAAUUUGUGGUGCCAAAAAAUUGUGUUACAUGUCUCUCAGAGUCAUUCUUUUCAUAUCAUGGGGUUUCCACCAUGGUAUAGUGUAUUGAUCGCUAAUGAAUACAAUUUACUUGAGGAGAAGUAUGACUUUGCGUUGUGGAUGGCUAAAUGUUGAUGGCUAAAUGUUGAUGGCAAUUUAAUAUGUUUUGAUAGAGAUCAAGUUUAGAAAUGCUACGUGUAUAUAUGCUGUAUACAUGCAUAUAUAUAAUUAGAUUUGAUCUCAAUAAGGAAUUUCUAUAAAAUCCUUUGUAUGCACCAUUUAAUUAUCUCUUUACACAUCUGUUUUUUGAAGAGGUUAAGAAUAAUUUGCUCCACAAUAAACGCCUCUUAUAUUAGUACAUAAUCAGUCUCUGGGUUUUCCAAAAUGUAUUUCCAUCAAGAGUUGGUUAUACCUAUGACUAGGAGAUUCUAAAAGGUAUUUUCAUUACCAUUUUAAAUUAAAAUUUGUUUUUACUCAUAUCUAUUAGAACUACACUAUUAUCUUCUCAUACAACAGCCGCAAGUCAUGAGAAAAGAUUGAUGCAGGAAGCUUUGGGAAGGUAAUCAUUUUUCCUUCUCUUUUAGAGCCCAUAAUUAGUGAAGUAUAAUUUUUUCUUUAACCAAACACAAAGCAUCUUUCAAAAUGUCCCCUCUACCAACUCGAAGUGUAGAGCUGAUGUUCUAGUGCUUUUAGUGGUUGGAUUUUGAUGAUUCAACUAAUUGUGUGGGCUAUCUAAUGCCGAGUUGAUUGUCGUGGGUGAGAUUACCAGGUAUAAGUACAGGAUCUCCCCCUCUAUUGUUCAGCUGAGCAGCAGGUGCUGGCUCAAGUAUCUAUUCAGCUUGUGGAAGGCCUCCUCACAUUUCUCUACCCACUCAAAUCCUGAAAACAUGGAGAUAUUUGUUAGUCAAUCUCCAGAUGAAUUGGUUUAAUAUAGUGAUCUUCCUGGUCAGCCUUGUAGCACCUUGGUGUUCGACAGCACCCUGCCUUUGUUGGUGAUGGAUUGGAGUUGGUUAGUUUGUUUGAUCAGUCCCCUUGUUUGAGACCUUGGGUAUUUCCAGUACACUUUAAUGAAGUGCUGGGCUUGGGCCUUUGGCCUAGAGCUCUUUGGUUGGCUUUGUUAUGCUUGACUGGGCCUAAACCCAUUCAGGCACGUACCUGUUAGAUUUGUUUCAUGUUUGGCCUGUACUAAGGUGAAUGCCGAUCCCCUAUAAUCAAUGAAAAUUGGAAGUAUUUUUAAACAAUUCUCCACUUUUUGGUUUUUAAGGUUAAAAGUGUUGACAAAUUUACAAGGGUUGUUUUUAUUAUUGUUAUUGUUGUUAUAAUUUAUCAUCAUCAUCAUCAUCAUUAUUAUGGUUGUGUUUACCAUGGAGCAACUUGGUUGUUAACUUUUGAAAAUCUGAUGUGGUAAGAGAUAGUUGGAUGAUGUAAGCAAAUGGGGUUCAUAGGAAGUCUAUGGACUUAAAAUGCAUCUAUAUAUUGAAACUUUGAUGUUAUCUUGAUAGUUUUGCUAGCUCUAUUGUUUUGUCAAUAUUCAUGCUAAUGAUCUCAAGGCCAAAUGGCUCCUAAAAGGCUAAAACCCCUAGAAGAAUGGGUUGGUGGAUAAGCUCAUGCAUUCAUGUCCCAUGAGGUGCUUAUGUUGAUUACCAAUCAAGAGAAGGAAGUCAAUGUUUAUGGUUGGGUAAUUAUGUCUGUUGAUGUAACUAGGCGUUUCUUCUUGUGUACGUCCUUUGUACAUGGGCUAUGACUACUUUGCCAUUAUAAAUACUUUUACUCGUAUAAAAAGAUUGUGUAUGGUGAUGAAUAUCGAGCAGGGGACAUUUCUACCACUGGUUGCUCCACCAACAAUAUAUCAAGCAGGCUUGUGGUCAAUCUGGUUGAUUGUACUAUGUUCUCUGAAGAUGUUUCAAGCUUUGGCCAGAGAUCGACUUGAACGCUUGAAUGCAUCCCCUUCUGCUACUCCUUGGGCAUAUUUUCGUGUAUAUUCGGUGUUAUUGUUGGUCCUCUCUGUUGACUAUUUUUGGAUUAGGCUAUGUCUAGUAAUAUAUAGAACGCUGGGAUCAUCUAUGUUUCUGUUGUUAUUCUUUGAGCCCAUCAGUAUUGCUUUUGAGACAUUGCAGGCUAUUUUAGUUCAUGGAUUUCAGUUGCUUGAUAUAUGGCUCCAUCAUUCAGCAGGGAGUAAUACAAAUUUCCAAAGGUUCAAACUUUUUGAUACAUCAGCAGCAGGUUCAUUAUCAGAAUGGAAAGGCAUUCUUAUUCGGAAUUUGGGGUUUUCCCUGGACAUAGCAACAAUUUUAAUGGCACUCAGUCAUUACGUGCAUAUUUGGUGGCUUCAUGGCAUGGCAUUCCAUCUUGUGGAUGCAAUCCUUUUCCUAAAUAUACGUGCCUUGCUAAGUGCUCUUUUGAAGCGAAUAAAAGGAUUCAUCAAAUUGAGAGAAGCUUUAGGUGCUCUUCAUGCUGCCCUUCCCAAUGCAACAGCUGAAGAGCUACAAGCAUUUGAAGAUGAAUGUGCCAUCUGUAGGGAACCCAUGGCUAAGGCUAAAAAGCUACACUGCAAGCAUCUUUUUCAUCUUGCAUGCUUGAGAUCUUGGUUGGAUCAAGGUUCUAGUGAGACAUAUACAUGUCCUACUUGUCGAAAGCCGCUUUUUGUUGGCAGACCUCCAAAUGAAGCUAACCACCGUACUGGAGAAGUUCUGAGUGAUGAGCAGCUUGCACAUCAAAUAAGCGCCGGACUUGAUCACCAAAACGCUUCCAGGCAUACCCUACCUACUGGAGUGUUUCCAAAUCAGACGCAGAACCCUCUGGAAGACGAUCCUUGGAGGGGUACAGGACUGGAUUCAAGUUGGGUGCAUACUUGGCCAAGCCAGGGGGUUGAGGGAGCUGGACCCUCUACUGCUAUCAGAUCAGUUGGAUUAGGGAGGGUUCAGAUGAUGAUGAGGCGCCUUGCAUCAGUAGGAGAAACCUAUGCACAGACUGCCCUUGAAGAUGGUGCAUGGAAUCUUUGGCCUGCAAAUCCCUCUCAGCCUGCCACAACUGGUCCACCCAUUCCUCCUGCUGGUGGUGGCAGAUACAUUGGCGGCACCAAUGGGUUACAUAUGAGGACUGCCUCACGCCCUGCAAAUGACAGUAUGGCAAACAUACUUGCCAUGGCUGAGACUGUAAGGGAGGUGUUGCCACACAUCCCUGAUGACAUAAUUUUGCAGGACUUACUGCAAACAAAUUCUGUUGCUGUUACCGUGAAUAAUCUUCUCCAAAUGUGAGUAUACAUUCUGUCAUAUUUGGUUGUAACAUGCUCUGAGUCUUCAAAGGAGGUUCCUGGUCUCAUACACCCAAUUCUGAGGGUUUGUUAGCUUGCACAGCUUGUUGUUGUCAAAUUGCCUGGCCCCUUUUUCUUUUCUGAAUUUUACAUGAGCUUCUUUCUCUGUAUAUAAAGGCUAUCAGUUGUAUUCUUGAAGAAAAAUGGUGCGAAUAUAGUAUUUUUUCUCAGAUAAAUAAACUUGUAGACAUGACAAA